AUGGAAAUCGCGCUAAAAAUCGCUGAAGUCGCUUGGAAAAUCAAAGUUCUUGUCGACAAUGUUCGAGCAAAUAAUAAACGAUGUCGACGUUUGAACGAUCGAAUUUCGGUGCUUGUUCCAUUGAUUCAACAAUUGCACGGAAAAAAAGCACUGACAAACAAAUAUACAGCAGCAUUGGAACGGUUACUCGUAUGUGUUGAACGUUGUUAUGCAUUUAUAAAGAAAUUUACAGAGAGUAAUUGGUUUGUUCGAGUUUAUGAUCAAGCAUGUCAUCGUGAUACAUUUGAUGAAUUGAAUCAAACGCUUUAUUCAUGUGCCACAGAUUUAAAUUUAGCCUUAGCUGUACAAAACCAUUUCAAGGGUGAACAGGACGAAAUCGAUCGACAUGAUGAUCGAGAAUUUUUAUCAAAGAACUUCGACAAGAUCAUUCGCUUACAAAGUGAAUAUUCACAACAACAUCAAGUUCAACUAGGCAAUAUAGAGCGCAUGUUUCAAUCAUUGGUCGAUAAUAACAAACAGAAUCUUGAGGCACUGAUGGAUGGUUACAAACGACAACAAAUGCAUGAAGAAGAGAAACUCUUCAUCCAUGUACAAUACAGUCAAGUUAUACUUGAACAAUUGAUCGCAAGUGCCAGUUCGGGUAACGUGUACAAAGGACGAUGGAGUAAUUCGAAAGUUGUCGUCAAAGAACUAAAGAUUUCUGCCAUGAAAGGACAUGAACAAGAAGAAUUUGUCAAAGCCGUAGCGAUUCUCACGCGUAUUCGUCAUGAAAAUAUUGUGCAACAUCUUGGUGCCUGUAUUGAAGAACCGGAUCGUUAUCUUGUUCUUAGUGAGCUGAUGCCUUUGGGAUCCUUGAAUGCCAUUUUACGAGACAAAGCAUUAGAAUUCACUUGGACCGAUCGUUGGUCCAUUGCUAAACAGAUUACCAAUGCUAUUCUCUAUCUUCACACGUAUUGCUCACCGCCGAUUAUUCAUAAAGAUAUCAAAUCAUCAAAUAUUCUUCUGGAUUAUUAUGGCAGUGAUCGUCGAAGAUAUCGGGCGAAAAUAAACGAUUUUGGAUUAGAUCAAAUUCAUGGUAGUGUUGGAACUCUAGCUUGGUCUGCACCUGAAACUUUGCGAACGAUGAAUCGACGCGUGUUCAACACAGUUAGUGAUGUUUAUAGCCUGGGUGUGGUUAUGUGGGAAUUGGCUACGGGUCAAGUACCUUAUGCGAAUCAGUUACCUGGAGAGAUCAUCCGUCAAAUUUGCGAAGGUCAACGACUACCUAUCUCGUAUGAACAUAUUCCACGAAUGUUUGCCAAUAUUCUUUAUCAAACAUGGAAUGAGGACGUAGAAGAACGACUCUCUUGUGAACAAGUAUACGCUCGUCUAGUCAUCGGCUCAAAAAGAGUUGAUUCCAAUGCAGAUUUGUGGCCUGAUACUGUUAAAUCAUCAACUAUUCAUCUUGAUCCACCCAAUGUUUUAGAUCAUCUUUUGACGUUGAAAUAUCAAUCGGAUCAACCAAUUGAACAUCGCAAUAUACAAGCAAUCACUGAAGCUGCCAAUGAACUGUACCAUUUGACGAAAAGUAAUCCGAAACCGAUUCCAGCAACUUAUUUUGAACAUUUGAUCAGCAUUGGUGAAUCAUUUUUGGAAACAAAGACUGAUGUCAAUUCGUACAUCAAUGCGACUUGUCGACUAAUAGAUCUCUUCGCUCAAAAGCCUUCGAUGAAUGCAAUUAUUGUCGAACAAGGUGGUGUUGUCUUUCUCCUUCAUGUGAUUCAAACCUUUGCUGAUACAGAUCAAACUAUAGUGAAACGAGCAGGUGAUGCUCUCAACAAAUUGAAUAGCGACAUUCAAAAUGAUUCAUCAAAAAGCAGCCAGGUUCCCACUCAAACUAAGGCAGAGACGAAAAAGCAGAAUAGAUCAUCUCUAGUGGCGACAAAUACCGAUGACUCUGAUCCAACAAUCGUCUUACGACAAGUAACGAAGCAAGUCCAGCUGGAAGGUCGUGCGGAUCAACGUGUGUUGACGAUGAUUGAAGAUUUACUUGAAAAUACACAGGAUGAAGUUGACGAGAAAGUAUCACAUAAAAAGAAGUCCAAGAAAAAGUCUUCGGAAGAUAAAUGGCGCAUCGGGCAUCUCUUUGGCAAAAAAAGUUCUGCGCAAAAAAAAUAG